UAUUGCAAAGCGAAUGUUUUUGUUCUUGCUGAGUGAUAGUUUGUAAUAAUUAGUGAUUGUAACAAUAAUUAGUGAAAGAAUAGAUGUUAAUAAGUUGUUUUAAGUGAUACAAGUGAACGGACUUUGCAUAGAAUAUGAAAUUUCGCUUCUGCGGGGAAGGAGACUGCCCGGAUUGGGUGCUGGCCGAAAUCCAUUCCAACUUGGCGGUGCUCAGCUCGGAACAGCUGCAAGAAGUUGCCCAUCAUGUAGCGAAAUGCAUCGUUGGAGAGGAUGUUCCAGAGGACAAUGUUCGUGCAAUUUUCGGCAUUUCGAAAGGAUCGAUGGACACCCCGAAGGCGGCCUUCGCGUGUAUCCGCUUUCUUCUGGUAAGUGCAGCCCGUUUCAAUACUGAAGGCUCCGUAUUCGGUACCGAAUUGCAACAGUUGGGUCUACCCAAAGACCACACCACGGUUAUGUGCCAGGUGCUGGAGGAUUACGUUAGUCAGAUCCGUUCCCAACUGCGUCAAUCCAGCCUGACGAUUAAUGAGCUGGAAAGUGUUACACGUUCCGUACCGGAAAAUACGAUUGAUUGCGUGCAACUUCAGUUCAAUAUUAAAAAUGAAAUUGUUAAUGGCGUUCCUCAGCGGACGAAUCACGCAGUCAAUAUCAAUCGCAGUGACAUUCCCGUUCUCCUCAAAGAGCUGAAAUCAAUCAAGUCUAUAAUGGAUGGGUAUGAUUACGAAGCGAAGCACAGUGAAGUGAAGUAGUUAUGCCUGGCGCAAUACAUCGAUGAAUGGUCAUCACAUUUUUCA